UUUGGAUCUAGCCUUUCGGAACUCAAAUACUUAGAAUAAUGCUAUCGUUUUCACUUUUCAGGCUCAAAGUCCUCUUUCAAAUGCGAUUCCAUUUCCAGAAUCUAAAUCAUUUGGCGGGAAACCAAAUUCUUCCAUUCGAACUCUCAAAAUACUCUCUCUCUCUCUCUCUCUCUCUCUACCACACUUCAAAGGGGUAACCAUUCUGAAGAUGGAGGGCAGUGGAAGCGAAACGAUUUUCGAUUCCCUAAACCUGAAACCCCAACUUUUCAUCAACGAAGUCCUCAAUUGCGUCGAUGACUUGGUCGAUGAAGCUUUCGAAUUCUUCCACCAACAGGCAUCAACACUACUGAAAACAGAGGGCACGGAUCGGGCCGAAUACCUGAGAAAAGGUGUAGCCUAUAUUCAAAACAUGAUCCAAUCUGAUAUGGAUAAGCGAUUGACUAUGUGGGAGAAGUAUUGUCUGCGGCACUGUUUUGGUGUUCCUGAUGGAUUUUCGCUACCCAAAGCUAAUGAAUCAUCUGGUGACUGCUCAAUGGAUCUUGAUGCUCUUGGUGAUACAGAGCUGGAUGCGCAGUUGGAUUCACUGAGAGAGAAACUCACUUUGGUUGGAAAGGAGUCUGCAGAGCUGAACAGAGAGCUUCAAUCAUUGGAAAGGCAAUCUGUUUUAAGCAAUCGUUGUACUGGGUCUACUAAUGAAGCACUGAAACUAUAUGAGGAACAAUUAUCUCAUGACAUGUUCCAAGAGUUGGUAAAAACUGCUUCAGAAUUUCGUACAAAACUGGAGAAGGUCAAGACCAAAAGGGUAGAGCAGACUGAACGGAUUAGAACAGAGAGGAUGCACUUAGUGAAUGGAGAUUUCUGUGGAAUAAAUCACGGCAAUGGUUUGUUCAAUGCAGCUCUGGAAGAACUUGAAGAAUUUAUAGCUGAUACAAAGACUAUGUGAACCUCAGCUUUUGCAGCCAUGUAAGAAGCCUUCCAUAUUUCUCCCAUGUGAUCUAACUGGAUUGGUUUGCCGUUUACAUGACUUUUUUGUUUGUUUGUUUUCACUGAUGCCAAGACUGGAAGUAAUAGAAAAUUAGUGCAUACUUUAAGAAAUUUUAUGUACUUUGAAUGAAACUCGCGGCACAGG